ACUUCUGGCUCAGUUUGCUCUUGUACGACCUUGCGCCAAGUCACGCUUCGCAUCCCCUUGGUGCUAUUCCCCCCGGGAGACACCCUCCACUUCCGACUUCCUUCCUCACCUGGUCUCGAUGCUGUCUUCAUCGUGAUCCGUGUGUCGUUCAAAGAGGAGAGAAAAAAAAUUUGUUACACAAAAGUUACGCGCUUUCGUUUUGUUACGCAAAAGGGAACGUAAAAAGAGAGAGUGACGUAAAAAAGAGUGGAAAAGCCGAUCCCUCAUUUAUUGCUCGCUUUUUCCGGAGUAAAUCUAUAACAAUUUGCCGUGGAUGGAUAAUCAUGACGACGACGAAAGAUCAUUAUUGGAUGCUGUUAGUAUCGCUGCUGCUAAUAUUCGGAUGCAUUCUAGAAUCCCAACAACUCGUCAUCAAGAGCAUCAGUGUUCCCUCCGCCGUGAAGGUCGGCGACGUCAAUCACGUGAUCCUCGACUGCGACUACGCUCUGGAGAACACCUCGAGUCAAGGGUUAGUGGUCAAGUGGUUCUUCAACGACGACCGAUUGGUCUACCAGUGGAUUCACGGCAGGGAGCCCUUAGCUGACGAGUCGGCUAGGAAAUAUAUCGAUCUGACAUAUAAGGCGAGCGAUGAUCCUUACACAGAGUAUCGAGCCAUGAAGCUGGAUAAGCCGGGGAUCGAUCUAACCGGCGAUUACACGUGCGUGAUAUCGACGUUUGAGGACGAGAAGGCCGCUAACGCUUCCAUGGUAAUUUACUCAACGGAGGAAAAGUUCAAAUUUCAAUAUCAACGAAAGAGUAUAGAUGACAAAGAUGGGUUGGAAGCGACAUGUAUGGCUGAAGGUGUUUAUCCUCAGCCAAUUCUCGAUAUUUCAGUCAAGGAUCUUCCAGAGAAACAAACUUCAAGACCCACAGUAACACUUCGUGAAGAUGGAUUGUAUAACAUCUUAUCACGAGUAGAUUUGCUAGACGAGGAACUACCAGAAGCUGCAGAACUUAGAUGUACUCUCGACAUCCCGAGAGCAAACUACACCGUGUCUCGAAAAUCCAUAUACUAUUCCAGAACGGCUACUACUACUUCAUCUGUUACAACGAUUCCGCAGCAUAAAAUGGAUAUCCAGGACCUAUACAGCUCCGGUAAUGGUGGUGGCAACUUCGUCGACUGCACAUCGAUCAAUGUUAUCCUGUUACUGAUACAUUCGGCUAUUCUUAUUCUGUUUAUUUAAUAAUGCAAUCGAUAGGUAAGUUUAAAUCGACAUUGGACUCAAUACUUCGACUUCCAGGAAAUAACGAUAUUCCAAAUUUUGUAAUUUAUUUGCUCAUCUAAACCGCGCUCUAAAAUAUUUUAUU